AUGUGUCGCCUUUCCAAGUGGGCAUGCGCUAUUGCUGCCUUGAUGGCAGAACAAUCGUUUGCUGGUCCAACGAAAAUCUAUGCCGGAAGUGCCAAAGAUGUUGUUUUGGGUGAACUAAACACUCUCAGCGGCUCUUUCAUCUCCGGUGGCGCAACCAAUUCUACUCCUACGGAUUCUGGGGGGCAGCUUCCUUUGGCCAUCGUGAAUAAUAUGGCUGGAGCGGGCGAGGGUGAUAUAAGUGCCUAUGUUACUGGUCGUGACAGCAACGACAAUGUCGUUAUGCUCGCAUCCGAUGGUUCAUGGUUUUAUCCGCCUGCUGCAUCGUCCACCGAACCAACGCCCGUUGAUGCAGAUAUUGCCAUCCCUCUCAGCGCACAGGGAAGCACCACAAAUGUGACCCUACCUGGAUAUGUUUCGUCAGGACGAGUAUAUCUUGCUUCUGGAAAACUUCAAUUCUUCGUCGUGAAUGACGGCUCUAGCGGCUCUGUUCUCGCUGAGCCCUCCCCUGUUAACCCAGCUGACCCCAACGCGGAUGUCAAUUGGGGAUUUGUUGAGCUGACAAACACCGCUAAGGGGGGUAUAUACGCCAACAUAAGCUACGUUGACUUUGUUGGUUUGAUCUUGGGUAUGUCACUGGUGACUACGAACGGAUCCGUUCAGACUGCACUCGGCCUUCAGCCAGAUGCUGUAUCAAGCAUCUGUUCGAGCCUCGAUUCCCAAAGCUCACAGGACGGCUAUCCUUGGAGUAGCCUUUGCAUGUCGGAUAACAGUUCAAACUAUCUUCGUGUCCUAUCUCCAUAUCAAUAUAUCGAGAAUGGCAACAAAGAGGCAUUUUCCGACUAUUUCACCAGCUAUAUCGACACAGUCUACUCGAACUUUGGCGGUGGCGGUGGCAAUGGCUCGCUCACUGUCAAUACCCAGGGCUCCUCUGACAGCGUCUCUUGCACAACAAGUGGAGACAGCCUGACCUGCGAUGGUGAUAACCGCGACUAUCCGAAACCCUCUGCAGGGGAUAUUUUCAGCUGCAAUACCGGAACAUUUGCUCUGCAAAAAAGCGACAAUCCCACUCAUUAUGCGGUGGUACCUCGUCUCUGUGCUGCUUUCAAUCGUGCUACGUUUUUGCUCAGUGGCGGAAACGUCCAGCCUGGUCCACCGGCGACUUCUUACUAUUCAUCGCCACCAAGUAACUACUACAGUAAGUUUGUGCACGAACACGAGAUUGACGGAAAAGGGUAUGCAUUCUCUUAUGACGACGUCAAUCCGGCUGGUGAAAAUGAGUCUGGAGUGGUCUCAUCAAGCAACCCCAAGACACUGACUAUCACCGUUGGCGGACCCUCUACCUAA